AUGGCUAUCACCACCGCCGCCACCACCACCACCACAGUCAUUGUUGUCGCCACCACCACCACCGACAUCACCGUCACCACCACCACCACUACCGUUGCCGCCACUGCCAUUGCCGCUACCACCUCCACCACCACCCACUGCCGCCCUCACCACCACCCCACGGUCACUACCACCACCCCCACCACCAUCACCAUCACUACCACCGCAACCGCCUACACCACCACCACCCUUACCCCCACUUCCAUCACCACUACCACCCCCACUAUUAAUCACACCAUCAUCCCCACCGUCACCACCACCAUAGUCACUUCCACCACCUCACAGCCACUACCACCACCACUACCACCCCCACCUCCUCCACCACUACCUCCCCCACCAUCACCCACAAACAACCAUCACCACCACCAUCACCAUCACAACCACCGCCAUCACCACCACAACCACCACCGUCACCCUUAA